CUGGCUGGGCUUUUUAUGAUUAUUUUCAAAUUCCUGAAUCCAGCUCGAGAGCGAGCGGGCGAGCGAGAGAUCUCCGUAGACUGCUGCGCCUCGCUGGCUCUCGCUCCUCCGAGAUGAUGCAGAGCGCGGCCGUGCCCGCGGAGGGGGCUGCCAAGGGGCUCCCGGAGAUGCUUGGUGUGCCGAUGCCACAGAUCCCCCAGUGCGCUGGCUGCAACCAGCACAUCCUGGACAAGUUCAUCCUGAAGGUGCUGGACAGACACUGGCACAGCUCCUGCCUCAAGUGUGCGGACUGCCAGAUGCAGCUGGCGGACAGGUGCUUCUCCAGGGCCGGGAGCGUCUACUGCAAGGAGGACUUCUUCAAGCGCUUCGGCACAAAAUGCACGGCCUGCCAGCAGGGCAUCCCCCCGACCCAGGUGGUCCGCAAGGCGCAGGACUUCGUCUACCACCUGCACUGCUUCGCCUGCGUCAUCUGUAACCGGCAGCUGGCCACGGGGGACGAGUUCUACCUCAUGGAGGACGGGCGGCUGGUGUGCAAGGAAGACUACGAGACGGCCAAGCAGAACGAUGACUCAGAGGCAGGAGCGAAGCGGCCCCGGACCACCAUCACGGCCAAGCAGCUGGAGACCUUGAAGAAUGCCUACAAGAACUCCCCGAAGCCUGCCCGGCACGUGAGGGAGCAGCUGUCCUCGGAGACGGGCCUGGACAUGCGGGUUGUACAGGUUUGGUUUCAGAACAGAAGGGCCAAGGAGAAGCGCCUGAAGAAGGACGCGGGACGGCACCGCUGGGGACAGUUCUAUAAGAGUGUCAAGAGGAGCCGGGGCGGCAGCAAGCAGGAGAAGGAGAGCUCUGCAGAGGACUGUGGGGUUAGUGACAGUGAGCUGAGCUUCCGAGAGGAUCAAAUUCUCUCAGAACUUGGCCACACCAAUAGGAUUUAUGGCAACGUGGGGGACGUUACAGGCGGACAGUUAAUGAAUGGGAGCUUCUCCAUGGACGGGACAGGACAAUCCUAUCAGGACUUGAGGGAUGGGAGUCCCUAUGGAAUCCCCCAGUCUCCAUCCUCCAUAUCGUCCCUGCCGCCCCACGCUCCUCUGCUCAAUGGGCUGGAUUACACGGUGGACAGUAACUUGGGCAUCAUUACGCAUACAGGGCAGGGAGUGAGCCAGACGCUGAGAGCCAUGGCUGGGGGACCCACCUCUGACAUCUCCACAGGAAGCAGUGUAGGCUAUCCCGACUUUCCAACUAGCCCCGCCUCUUGGCUCGAUGAAAUGGAUCAUCCUCCUUUUUAAACCUCUGUCCUCCCCACCCUACCCGUCCUUCUGGCUUGAGAGAAUACCUUCAAGAAUCAAGAGAGACUUACCGUUUUAGGAUCAAAUGCGCACCAAUGUGAAUUUCCAUUAUUUUCAAUGGAAGUCCUUUACUGAUGGCUAGGAAGCCCCCGCACUAGGGUGCUGUUCUCCUGGAGAAAUGGUGGGGAGCAGCCUCCUCUCAGAACAGUGCAGAGCCUAGAGCGCUAGGGUGCUGGCUUAUGCUCCCUCCCCCACCCUGCUUACAGGCUGUGGCUGCUCAGUGCUUGGCAGCAGGAGGUGACUGUGAGGCCACCCUGGCCUUAGGGAACUCGGCUCCAACUGGCAUGUCUCAUGAGAUGCUUCCCACACCAGUGCUCUCGCCAGAACUGAGAUUUCUGUGACGUCACAGCCCUUAAAUAUAAGUGAUUUUUGAACCACCCUUAUCAAACCCUAAUUUUCAAAAUAAAACAAAGGUCACUUACAAAAGGCCAGUAGAAACUUUGAUGUAGAAACAUGCCCCUCCUUUUUCCUCUGCUGUGAAGGACUUCUUCCCUCUCCAGAGAAUAUCUGUCAGUUUGGGUUUGGGAGCGGUCCCAUCAUCACUGAAUCCAUCCCUGAUGGCAGGAAGUGGUUUUCGUUGCAGGUGACUCUAAGGCUGGAGCUCAGUUGCCCUGGCCCAUCACAUUGAUUGCCCGAUGAGUCCCCUCGGAGCACAAUGUGCCUUUUUAAUUUGCUCAUAUCACUUAUUCCACUAGACAGGCUGUGGAUUAUACAACGAUCAAAGCUAAAAUAUGGAGAGACCAGAAAGACAAUCAGUGAAAACGUUUGCAAACCCAUUUGGAUUCCAAGCGUGUAGUCCAUUUAGCCAAAUCAGCAGAUGCCAGUCUCCCAGAGUCCCCCCUCCUGCAGGGGAAAUGAUACUGUGAGUUUGUGUCGAGGUAGUUGGUUUAGAUGAGUUUGCAAGUGCACACCCACCUGCAGCCAACCCUCCCCAGCGCUGUAAAAGUGAGGGCUUUCUCUGCUGUGCUAGCUGACUCAGCUGGAGGAGAGCCCUGGCCUCUUCCAAGUACGAGCACUGCUUUUUGGCUGGUAGGAGUCAUGUAGGGAGCAGCCCUAAAGCUGCCAGAGUUCCCAGUGGUCCUUGGGCUGCAUCCCUCUGGGCUGCUGGCUGGCCUCACACCAGGCCCUGUGGUGCUCCGGCCCUGCACUUGCUCAGAAAGGGGAGCGCUCUGGCCAGUGGCAGUGCAGACUCAGCUUAUGGGUUUUAAUAGCACAUCACCAAGCCUGAGGCAAGGCCAGGCCUGCGACAGGCCGCACUUCAGUGGGACAUAUCGUGGUGAAGGUGCCGUGACUCCUACUUAAUACACCACCUCUCAACCUGUCAGGAGGUUCUCCAUGUGCACACUGGAAAUUAGCCAGGGGAAUUUAUUCAUCCCCUGGGAAAGGGUGGCUUACUUCUCCCGGCCUCCUGUUUUCUGAAGAUCAGCACAGGAGGGAGGGUAAGAAAGGCAUUGCCUCUCUUUCAAGUGAAGUGAGGGGGCCCAAGACCCUAACCUCCCUUUCUUUCAUGUCUGUCACGAUUUGAAGGCCAAGAUUUAAGAGUGUGCUAGGUAGACUCAAGGAAGAAAUAAACCUUCCUCUGGCUCCUGUAUCUUCUGCAAAUGCCUCAGGGGACUAAACUAUGGGCAGUUAAGCUGCUUUAAAUUGUACAGCCACUGAAUUCCUGAGGUCAGCCUGCAGGCCACCUUUCUCUGAUCAAUUCUGUAGCGGACCCUUAUUUUUUGACAUGCUGCAAUUGUCAUGAUUUUUGCUUGGGGAGUCUUGCAGAUGCAGGAUUUCUUCAUGAGGCUCUAGGAGUAGGGAUGACAGAGGGUGAAGCCCAGACAAUUCCCAAUACAGUGAACAGUGGGGACGGCGAUGAAUACUCACAAGCAAGGAAAGACACGUGCCGCUGUCUUCUGGGAGGACAGGUUCUUGAGCAUAUUGUUCUCAGCAGGCAGCUCUCAGUGCACAGGAGAAAGACUGUGUUGGGCAAUGAACCGGUUAAAGACUGUCCCACCCAGACCACUGUCACAGCUUGUGUACUUGGUGUAGGAGCUCCUGAAAUCUCAAGGUAUUGCCUGCUUUUGGUGGUUAAUGGGCAGCAGACAAGGAACAUGCCCCUCUAUGUAGCGCUGCUCCUUUAAGAUCAGUUGAGCAUUUUUUGUUUUCUACGCAAGUUAAUCAAGCUCAUGCCUUAUUCAAUGGCUGGAGAAUGGGGGGCCUUCUUCCAUCAUGCUAAUAACAGUCUCCCGAGAACUCAGUGAGCAGGUCAGCUGGUGUGGUGGUGUUGGCUAGCUAUCCUGGCCACAAAGCUGGGGUAGCUGAGUUCCCCAGAGCCUCCUCCCAGAGAGCAGCAAACACAGGCGCUCCAUGGAGAAGCACAGCCAUGCCAGGCCUCAGUUUUAAGUGGCUCUCCUUGCAAGUGCAGUUAGCAUUCUAGAAUACUGGUGCCACCAGUGAGCCACUGCGUGCCAAGACUGUUCCUUGGCUCUCCUGUGACUUGGACACGGAGAGCACACCGCAUACCUGAGCUCCUCCUCCAGGCUCUCCUCCGUGGCUCAGCGGUCUGCGACUGAGGUAUAGGGGCCUCCUGGGAGCUGCUUUCUCCCUUGCUAAAAUGACAUGGACAAAUUUUAAACACGAAAUGAGACCUUCUAGAGCAAUUUACAUCAUCUGAAUCUGUCUUUGGCUCUAAGAGAGCGAUUAAGUAGCAACACUCAUCUGUAGUACCUGGCUGAUAGACCUUGGGGGAUGGGAGGUUUCUGAAUUCAGGAGCAAAAUAAUAAUUAAAAACCCAGCAACACCUAAGCUUCCAGUAGUAGCUGAUAUAAGCAAAAAUGGUACUCACGGGGCUAGGGAAGUACUAUUUUUAAAGAGUAAUAAAACCACAGAAGAAAUACCCAAUGCAAGGCUAAGCCAGCCCACCUGCGGUAUCACAUUAUUGGGAAGACUGGUCUUGGCCCUUUCAGGCACUUGAUGUGCCAGCUGAGGCAAACUCCUUCUGUCUCUGUGCUUUCUUUUUCUCACUUCAGCUAAUAGUUAUGAAUAUAAUAGAAAGUGCAACUCAACUACCAUAUUGAUAUUAUUCCUCCAAAUUAACACAGUGAAAUGUCAGGGAAAGAGGACAAAAUUAAGACAUAAGAAAAGCAUUUAGCCCUAGCCAGUUUGGCUCACUGGAUAGAGUGCUGGCCUACAGACUGAAGGAUCCGGGUUUGAUUCCGAUCAAGGGCACGUACCUUGGUUACAGGUUUGGUUGCUUGCAGGAUGUCUCUCUGUCACACAUUGAUGUUUCUCUGUCUCUCCUCUCUCCUUUCCACUGUCUAAAAAAUCAAUGGAAAAAAUAUUCUUUGGUGAGGAUUAACAACAACAACAAAAAGAAAAGCAUAUAGCUGUGUGUUUAAGUUCUAUUUUUUUUUGCCAAUAUAAAACAUGAAAUCUAGUAAGAUAAUUGGGGUCCAUUCGAUCUUCAUAAUUAAGCUUGCUUUGGAAGUAACCUGUAGAACAAAAGAUACGACCACCUCUUGAGGCUCAAGCUGGUUAUUGUGCAGUAACUGCCUCCUUGCUGGAGUGGGCGGAAGGCUUCAGCUGAGCAGAAGCUGUGUUAUGGGUGACGGUGCAUCCAGCACCCCCUCCUUUCCAACCCUUCCCACAUGCUGCUACUGACAUCUUGGUUCUAACUGUGGAAAUAAUGACCAUACCUCUUGAGCCAGCAGGAUCUGGAAGGACUGAGGAGGCUCAUUUUUAAACAUUGCACUUUAAAAAUUGGAACCCAUGAGAUGAAGAAAAAUUCAAUUAAGCGGAAAUGAGUUCUGUUUUAUUGCCUGCUGCUGAAGGGCUCUGGGCACGCUGAAAGCGAAAUAAAAAGCACAUCACUGGCUCUCUCUUUCUUGGAUUGGUCAAUUGGCCCCCUUUGCAGUAGUUGCUCCAACUGUCUCCCACAGUGACAGGAGCCAAAAAAGAGAGAGUUCAGCAAAGUCAUCCCACCCUCCCUCUGCUUGGUAGGCCCACGAAAGCACAGUUUCAUGCUGCUAGCUCUGGGGAGGAGACAGCUGCAGGUCUGGAGGUGUGCCAAGCGUUCCUUUGCUUAGGGAGGCAGAGCUCAGGUGGACAGAGGACACCCCACUCUCAUCUGCUGCCCACCUAGAGACAAAAUCACUUUUACUCCCUCACUUGAGGACUGUGUGCAGCCAAAUGGGCAGGAUUGGGGCUGCAGGAUCCCAGAUGCUGCUCUGAACUUGCAUUCAGACCUCAAAGCACCUGCUCCCCUAAGCUCUGGAUUGUUGCCCUCACCCUUCCCAGUGUAAAUUUUGUACAGUGAAAAGAAAUGAAGUCUCAUUUGCUGGAAAAAAGGAAAAAAAGGAAAAAAAAAGUACCUACCCAUCCUUAUUUAUUGCCAUGUGACUUUGGAACAGAAGCUGGUGCGUUUGUUUGUAUAUGCCUCCUGUGUGUUGGCAUGAGAUGUGUAUGGUAAAACUAUGUUAAAUAAAUAUGGAUGUUCUUUAGAA